CUAAAUUGCAAUAAUAUAAAUUUUAAAAUUGUACUUGUAAUUAUUGGAAUUAUAGUUAAUGUAAAUUGUAGUGCUGUUCACAAAAAAAGAUUUAAAAACGUUAUAACAUGCAUAGAUGAUGGAAAAUAUUACAGAAAUCCUAAAAGACCAGUACACAAGAUGUGGACCAAUUCUGAAUGUGCAAAGUAUUAUGUAUGCAUUGAGGACGAAGUUAUCGAAUUUACGUGUUCAGAGGGUUUGUUAUUUGAUGUUGUAAGACAAAUUUGUGAUUUUAAGCAAAAUGUCGACAACUGUGAUAUCACAGAAGAGGUAAAAAUUCCCAAACCCUUGCUUAAAAGUGCGAAAUGUGAUAAAAGGAAUAAACAAUUGGGUUGUGCAGAUGGCACAUGUUUACCUGGAGAAUAUUUUUGUGACGGAUCUGUUGACUGUCCAGACGGUUCUGAUGAAGGAUGGUGCGAUUCACAAAAAGAUCCAAAUACCCCCGACGAUUGCGAUUCUGUAAAAUGCAAAUUACCAUUUUGCCAUUGUUCAAAAGACGGGACAGAUAUACCUGGAAAUCUUAAUGUAAAACAAGUUCCACAAAUGAUUCUUCUUACAUUUGAUGAUUCAAUAAGUUUUGAUAACUGGGAAUUAUACUCAAAAGUUUUAUUGACACAAAAUCGUAAAAAUCCAAAUGGGUGUUCAAUUAAAGCAACAUUUUAUGUUUCACAUCAAUAUACAAAUUAUCAGUUUGUGCAGAAACUUUGGAACGAUGGUCAUGAAAUAGCUGUUCACUCUAUAACACAUCGAGAUUCUGGUACUUGGUGGUCUUAUAAUGCUACAAUUGAAGAUUGGUUCGAUGAAAUGGUCGGUCAAGCCAAUAUUCUUAAUAAGUUUGCAAACAUUCGUAUGAAUGAAAUACGUGGGAUGAGAGUGCCCUAUCAAAAAGUUGGGUGGAAUCGGCAAUUUUUAAUGAUGAAAGAAUUUGGUUUUGUUUAUGAUUCAUCUAUUGUUGCUCCAUAUUCCAAUCCGCCUUUAUGGCCUUAUACAAUGGACUUUAAAAUGCCACACUCGUGUUUAGGAGCGAAACAAAAUUGUCCAACUAGAAGUUACCCAGGUAUAUGGGAAAUGGUAAUCAAUCAAAUGGAAGGUGGAGAUUACACUUGCGGAACUAUCGACACUUGUCCACCUCAUUUUGAUGGGGAAGAUAUUUACAAAAUGUUAACACAUAACUUUAAAAGACACUAUCUUACUAAUAGAGCACCUUUUGGACUAUUUUUCGAAUCGACUUGGUUUAAAAAAAUUGUAUAUCUCAACGCAUUUUUGAAAUUCAUGGAAGAUAUAAGAAAACUACCAGAUGUUUACUUCGUAACAAAUUAUCAAGCUAUUCAGUGGAUUCGCAACCCGACUCCGAUUAAUGAACUUUACAGUUUCAAACAUUGGGGUUGCAGUGAUCCUAAAGUUCUACAUGAAAAUGAAUUGGCUUGUGAAGUACCAAAUAUCUGCAAACUUAACAGUAAAAUUUUGCAAGAGGAACGUUAUUUUCAUACUUGUACCGAAUGCCCACCGCAUUAUCCAUGGAUCAGAAAUGAAUUUGGGCUUUAUUAACAUUACGUUUUGAUGUUGUUUUGUAAUCUUACCUUAGUUAUUUAUUUUCAUUAUAAUAUACACAAAUUAUUUAUUUGCUUUUUAAAAA